GCGCUGCGGGCGAGCCGGGCGGCGGGCGCUCGGGCCGGGCGGGGGUCGCGGGCAGGGGGCGCCGCCCGAGCGGUCCGCGCGCCUCCCUCGCAGCGGCGGCGGCGGCUGCGGGCCGCGGAACCGGCGCGGCCAUGGCUUCGAGCGCUCCGCAGAAGGAGAACACGCUGCUGCACCUCUUCGCCGGCGGGUGUGGGGGGACCGUGGGCGCGAUCUUCACGUGUCCACUCGAAGUCAUCAAGACGCGGUUACAGUCUUCGAGGUUAGCCCUCGGGACAGUCUACUACCCUCAGGUGAACCUGGGGACCAUCAGCGGAGCUGGAGUGGUGAGACCAACGUCGGUGACGCCAGGACUCCUCCAAGUUCUGAAGUCAAUCUUGGAGAAAGAAGGACCAAAGUCACUCUUCAGAGGCUUGGGUCCAAAUUUGGUUGGAGUUGCACCAUCCAGGGCCGUGUACUUCGCAUGCUACUCCAAAGCCAAAGAGCAGUUCAACGGCAUCUUCGUGCCGAACAGCAACGUGGUGCACAUCUUCUCGGCGGGCUCUGCAGCUUUUGUCACGAAUACCUUAAUGAACCCAAUAUGGAUGGUUAAGACCCGGAUGCAGCUAGAACGAAAGGUGCGGGGCUCCAAGCAGAUGAACACGCUGCAGUGCGCGCGCUACGUGUACCGGACCGAGGGCAUCCGCGGCUUCUACCGGGGCCUCACGGCCUCCUACGCCGGCAUCUCCGAGACCAUCAUCUGCUUUGCCAUCUACGAGAGCCUGAAGAAGUACCUGAAAGAGGCCCCGUUCGCCUCUGCCACCGGCGGGGCGGAGAAGACGUCCACGAGCUUCUUUGGACUGAUGGCAGCCGCUGCUCUCUCCAAGGGCUGUGCCUCCUGCAUCGCGUACCCCCACGAGGUCAUCAGGACGCGGCUCCGCGAGGAGGGCACCAAGUACAAGUCCUUCAUCCAGACGGCGCGCCUGGUCUUCCGGGAAGAAGGGUACCUGGCGUUCUACCGAGGACUCUUUGCCCAGCUCAUCCGGCAGAUCCCCAACACGGCCAUCGUUCUGUCCACUUACGAGCUCAUUGUGUACCUGUUAGAAGACCCUUCUCAGUAGCAGGCCCGAAACUUGUGCUCUAGAAGAAUAAAACUGAAAAACUCCAGAAAAAAAAAUUUUUUUUUUUUUCAGUUGAUGUGUAGAAUGUUUGAGACUGAGACACAAAGGCCACAGACUGGCUGCCCCGAGCAGCUGCCGGACGUCGCCUUGGAGCCUGGUUUCUGGACAGUGACACUCGUGACUUAGAGUUCGUUAAAACUUUUUUUUUUUUAACUUAAAAAAAAAUAUCCAGGAUUAAGCUGCAUUAAAUUAAAUCAUGCUAUUUAAUUUAA